AUGUUGGAUCAAAUCAUCAUCUUGCAGGAUUCCGCCCAGCGGCUCUUGACUACCUACAACAGCCUGACCUACCGUGUCCUAUGCAGUGAUAACAGUUUCAGAGAUCUUGCCAAUAGCAUCAAGGCCGUCUCCGUGGCACUAGACUCCUGCAGAGGCCUUCUUGAACAGAUCAGGUCUGGUACUACCAGCAUCCCUAUAACCACUGAUCUCUCCCCGCGACUUGAGACGAACAUUGAGGAGUGCAAGACAAAUAGCCUCACCACUCCUACGAACUCCCCAAAACAUCCUCUCCAACGCGCGACAGCCAUUCAGUCAACCUCUCCCAAUCCGAGGUAUCCACCCCGGCCUUCAAUUCCAACCCCAGAGAUUCCAAUGUCCCCCAGAACCGGGCACACCGCCCUCCACGACAUGUGCACCACCACCGGGAAAAGCACCAAGACCACUACCGUCAUCGAGUCCCUCCUAGAAAAAGGGGCCGACCCAACCGCCACACUGAAUGCGGCCUCUUCUCAGUUAACAGCCAUACACCUCGCGUCGUAUCACAACAACGUGGCCGCGCUGGAAGCCACCAAAGAAAGCAUGACAACUACCAGAACAUUUACAUACACGCCUCAAUAUCAAAUAAACACCCGAUACACCCAAUUCCAGGCCACCAAUUACACCGGCCAGUGGAAGUGGAAAAAUCUGCUCAAACGAAAAGAUUCCGGGGACGCCGGGUUGAGGCAGGAGGUGAUCGAUAGCAAGGAUAGAGAGGGGAGGACGGCAUUGCUUGUUGUGGGGCUGGGGUGUAAUAAGCUUGGGGAUAAAGACGCGGUGACAAAGAUUGCAAAGGCUCUCGUGAAGGCGGGGACGAGCCCUGAUGUGGCGGAUUGGAGGGGGCAGACGCCGAGGGGGAUGCUGACCAAUCUUGAGAUUGAGAAGCCUGCUUUUUCACAGAAGGAGCAGCAGACAUAUGAUGUUGCCGAGGGAUACUCUCAGGGUUAUGGUGGUUAUCAAGGUUACAGGUAUCAGGGAUAUUAA